CUUGACCAAAGUGUGCGUCUUCUUUAUCAAGGAACAAGUACACACACAAUGGCUUCCCUUUCGGUCUUUCUUGCUUCUCUAUUUUCUACACACCCAACAUCAAGGACGUUGAAGCACCGGCCUGUUUUCGGCACCCCGCUCACGAAUCCAUCUUUGUUUUCUCGGAGAAUCCAUUCGUCGACAUCGCGAAACUUGAAUUACGAAACCCGAGUCGCUUAUACGUCGACGACGGGGUCUUCGGUAGGCAAAGAUGACCAUACAAAUGAGGAAGUUGAAGUUUCAUCCUGGGUUGAUCACUUACAGAAAGAAGCUCAGCCUUACGCUAAGCUUGCUCGUUUGGAUAGGCCCAUCGGCACAUGGUUAUUCAUGUUUCCCUUAACAUGGUCAGCUGCGUUGGCAGCAACGGUUGGCAGCCUUCCUGAUUUCAAGGCUUUAGCUGUACUUGUUUGUGCAUCUCCACUUUUGAGGGGUGCUGCUUGUACCAUUAAUGAUUUCUUAGAUCGUGAUCUUGAUAAAAUGGUGGAGCGUACAAAACUGAGACCACUUGCUAGUGGCACUGUCACACCAUUUCAAGGACUUUGUUUUUUUGGGUUUCAAUUACUUCUAUUUCAUGGAAUUCUCCUCCAACUCCCCUACAAUAGCUUGAUGUACGAGGCUUUAUACGUUUUCCUGCUUUCCACAUAUCCUCUCACGAAGAGAAUUACAUAUUGGCCGCAAGCCUAUUUAGGGUUAACCAUGAACUGGGGAGCUAUAGUCGGGUGGCAUGCUGUUAAAGGAAGCUUGCAACCAUCUAUCGUCUUCCCACUCUUCCUUUCUGGUUUUUUCUGGACUAUUAUCUACGAUACCAUUUAUGCUCACCAGGACAAAGAAGAUGAUGUCAAAAUCGGCAUUAAAUCAACAGCCUUGAAAUUCGGUGAAUCAACCAAGGAGUGGAUUACUGGCUUUGCAAUUGCAUGCAUUGCCAGUUUUGCUCUUACUGGAUACAAUGCUGCAUUAGGGUGGCCAUUUUAUGCGUUUUUAGCAGCUGCAGCUGCCCAAUUAGCCUGGCAGAUAGGGACUGCUAACCUGUCAUCCCCGCCGGAUUGCAAUAGGAAGUUCAUGUCCAACAAAUGGUUUGGUACCCUAAUUUUCAGUGGGAUUUUAUUAGGAAGGGUCUUCUCUUAAUUUUGUAUGAACAAAGGGCCAUUAGACUCCAUACCUUAGCUAUUAAAUAGUACUCUCUAUCCGUCCCAUUUAUAUUGUCCAUUGUUGACUUUUCAUGUAAUUUUAUAUUGAAUAUAAUCUGCUAAUUUCUUCUCUG